UCUAAUGCUUACAUCACCCCUCAAUAGUCAUAAUGAAAGUGCUUCAAGCGGUUCUAUUUGCGUUCGUUCUGUACGAAUCCCCUACUUUCGCGUCGAUUCCGAACGCACUGCUGAGGCUAAACUGUGAAACGGUAAACCGGGUUUGCUACCUGAAGAACAUCUUCGCCUCCGAGGAUGACCGCUACAAGGACGUGUACGGUGGGGAGUCCAGCGACAGUAUCGAGUUCUUCGACUCGCACAUCCACACGAUGCCCAAGAUUCCGUUUGUCAAGUCGGUCCAAGCGAAGGGCAUUAACCUGGUGCGGAUUGGCGAGAAGACGUUUGCCACGGUGAAGCACUUGGAUGUGUCGUACAACCGGCUGAGGGACUUUUCGGCGAAGGCCUUCGAGUGGCCGGAGGAACUGCUGACGCUGACCUUGAGCGGUAAUCCGUUGUUGAAAGAGCUGAGCGUUGUUCGGAAGCUUACCGGGUUGGUGGAGCUGCGGAUGGCGGAAAUGAAGCUUGAUUUGGAGUUCGUGGACGCUGACAUAUUCGCCGGGAUGAAGCAGCUGAAACAGUUGGUUUUGCGAGACAAUAAAAUCACCAAGAUCCCAGUUGGAAUCUUCAGCAAGCUCGAAAGUUUGGAGAAGCUAGACCUCAGCAAGAAUCUCAUCACGAGGAUAUUGUCAGGUUCGCUUGUGGUAUACUUCCGGCCAAUCGACCCAGAAGUCGAGAAACGGCAUCAAUUAUCGAUAGAUUUAUCGAGUAACAACAUUUCAAUAGUGGAAAACAACUCCUUCAUGGUGGUUGACCAGGUAGAUCUGAGCGACAACAAGCUGAUCGGUAUUGGGCCAUCCGCGUUCUACAACAAAUCGGAGCUUGGAACCUUGAUUCUGUCCAAAAACGGCCAAUUGAGAAACUUUGAAUUUCUCAAGAAUCUUCACACGUUGCACACCCUCAUCAUGACUCACAUGAACUUCACCUUCGAAGGCCUUCCCUUGAACGUUUUUUCAAACCUGGAUCUGCUGACUACCCUGGACUUGUCAAACAACGAAAUCGCUAUCCUCCCCCUCGGAAUCUUCGCCGACCUCUCCUCGGUCAACUUCAUAAACCUGCGCCACAAUCAAAUCUCCCACGUAGAAUUCGGAACGUUCUCAAUCCGCAAGUACGACCUGAUCGACGAGAUAGACCUGUCCUACAACGAAAUCAGCGACGUCAACUAUCUGGUGUUUGUUCCGCUCAAGUACCUGCGGACGUUGCUGCUGCAUGGAAACCGGAUCGCUUACGUCAACACGAGCCACCUGAAGCGGAACAAGAGUCUGCAAAACUUUGGCAUCCAGCACAACCCGAUUCGGUGCUCGGAUUUGGUGGACCUGCUGGCCAUCUUCAAGCUCGUGCUCGACGGGCGGGAGUUUGUGGCCCACGAGCCCAAUGUGGACGGUAUCAAGUGUAAUCCGUGAUUGGAAAAUAAAGGAAAUUUGAAAAGU